AGGAGAGAGGGAGGGAGGAGGGGAGGCAGUCAAGGAGAGUGGGGGAAAAAGCUCUCUCUGAAGUUUUGGCUCCAACAACCCCCCCCCCCGCUCUCCUCGCUCCCCCCCCACUCCAAGUCAAGCAGUAAGAAGGGGACGAAGCGGGGGUGUGGAAACGCUGACCCGCUGCAACGGAGCGGCACAAACCACCAUGCAGCUUGUGUUAUGGGCAGUGGGAUUAAGCACGCUCUUCCUGCAAGACUUCUUGAAUGUAGCCGGUGCAGCAGCAAGGAAGGAAAGGUUGCAUCUGAGACAAGCUAAACUGCUGGAGACUCUGAGUGAGUACGAGAUAGUGACCCCCACCCGGGUGAAUGAGUUUGGAGAGCCCUUCCCUCCCAAGGUCCACUUUCGAAGGAAGAAGCGGAGUCUCCAUUUGGACGCUGAGGCCUGGGGCCCGGAUGCUACCUCCUCCUCCUCCACCCCUUCUUCCAGUGCCAUCCAAGCACACUAUAGGCUCACAGCCUUUGGGCAACACUUCUUUUUCAACCUUACAGCCCAUUCGGGAUUUAUUGCUCCUCUCUUCACUGUCAGCCUCCUGGGAGUACCUGAGGUUAACCAAACAAACUUUUACACCGAGGAGGAAAGUGAUAUUAAGCACUGUUUCUACAAAGGACAUGUCAAUACCGAGCCCCAGCACACAGCAGUCAUCAGCCUCUGUUCUGGGAUGCUCGGCACGUUCAGGUCUCAUGAUGGAGAGUAUUUUGUAGAGCCACUGAUAUCUUCUGACCAGCAAGAGUAUGCAGAAGAGCACAAAAAGCCACAUGUGGUCUACAGACACAGCGUACCUCCGACAGCCGUUCCAAGGGACAAGCAGACUUGCGACACUUCAGGGCAUGAAAAAAGCUACAGAAAGUUUAAGAGGCGGAGCAGGACAGGACAGUGGGCCACGGCGAGCAUAUUGUCCGACGUGGAGGCGUUGAAACGUGGCCUAACCUCAGCACAGUCUCCUGCAUCCAGUAAAAACAAGACUAGCAGCGUGAGGAGGAAAAGCACGCGCCGAAGAACCAAGCGAUUCCUCUCCUACCCUCGAUACGUGGAGGUCAUGGUGGUGGCAGACAGUCGGAUGGUUGCUUACCAUGGAGCAAAUCUACAGCACUACAUUUUGACCUUAAUGUCCAUAGUAGCUUCUAUAUAUAAAGACCCAAGUAUUGGAAAUUUAAUUAAUAUUGUUAUCGUGAGAUUAGAGGUCAUACAAAAUGAGCAGGAUGGCCCUUCCAUAUCUUACAACGCUCAGACGACACUAAAAAACUUCUGUCAGUGGCAGCAGACCCAGAACCACCCUAACGAAGAUCAUCCAGAAAAGCAUGACACAGCAGUAUUGGUGACAAGACAGGAUAUUUGUAGAGCUCACGACAAAUGUGAUACUUUAGGUCUGGCUGAAUUGGGUACAGUCUGUGAUCCAUACCGAAGCUGCUCAAUUAGUGAAGACAGUGGACUAAGUACUGCUUUUACGAUUGCACAUGAACUUGGCCAUGUAUUUAACAUGCCUCACGACGACAACAAUAAGUGCAAAGAAGACGGAGGGAAAAACCAGCAGCACGUGAUGGCGCCCACCCUGAACUACAACACCAACCCUUGGAUGUGGUCAAAAUGUAGCCGGAAAUAUAUCACAGAAUUUCUAGACACUGGUUAUGGGGAGUGUUUGCUUGAUGAACCUUCACCGAGAAAAUACGCAUUGCCUCAACAACUUCCAGGAUACAUAUAUGAUGUCAAUAAGCAGUGUGAGUUAAUUUUUGGGCCUGGAGCUAAGGUUUGCCCCUACAUGCAGAAGCAGUGCAGGAGACUCUGGUGCAUCAAUGCUGAUGGAGCACAUAAAGGAUGUCGGACUCAACACACGCCAUGGGCUGAUGGGACGGAAUGUGGCCAGGGCAAGCACUGCAAAUAUGGUCACUGUGUUCCCAGAGAGCGAGAGAUAUCCAUGACAGACGGAGCAUGGGGCACAUGGAGUCCCUUUGGCGCAUGCUCACGAACAUGUGGCGGGGGCAUAAAAAAUGCUGUUCGAGAAUGCAACAGGCCUGAACCCAAAAAUGGUGGAAAAUACUGUGUGGGACGACGAAUGAAAUUUAAAUCCUGCAACACUGAACCAUGUUCAAAGCAAAAGAAAGAUUUCCGCGAUGAGCAAUGUGCAGUCUUCGAUGGGAAGCAUUUUAACAUUAACGGUCUACCUCCUAAUGUGCGCUGGGUUCCAAAAUACAGUGGAAUUUUAAUGAAAGAUAGGUGCAAGCUCUUCUGCAGAGUGGCAGGAAACACGGCAUAUUAUCAGCUCAGGGACAGAGUUAUUGAUGGCACUCCUUGUGGCCCAGACACAAAUGACAUCUGUGUACAAGGACUUUGUCGGCAAGCUGGAUGCGAUCAUGUGCUCAAUUCGAAAGCAAGGAGAGAUAAGUGCGGUGUGUGUGGCGGUGACAAUUCGUCGUGCAAAACCAUUGCAGGGACAUUCAACACGGUGCACUAUGGUUAUAACACUGUGAUACGCAUACCGGCUGGUGCUACAAAUAUCGAUGUGCGGCAGCAUAGUUACUCAGGGAAACCAGAAGAUGAUAACUACCUUGCCUUGUCGAGUAACGAAGGCUUCAUAUUAAACGGAGACUACGUUGUCAGCAUGUUUAAAAAGGAAAUCAAAGUUGGAAAUGCGGUGAUAGAAUACAGCGGCUCAGACACCCCCGUUGAAAGGAUCAAUUCUACAUACCGUAUUGACCAAGAAAUAGUUCUUCAGGUGUUAUCAGUGGGUAAUUUAUAUAACCCUGAUGUUCGAUACACAUUCAAUAUCCCCAUUGAAGAUAAACCUCAGCAGUUUUAUUGGAAUAUCUAUGGCCCUUGGCAGCACUGCAGUAAACUAUGCCAAGGGGAACGAAAAAGGAAACUGGUUUGCACCCGAGAAUCCGACCAGCUCACGGUAUCUGACCAAAGAUGCGAUCGGAUUCCCCAGCCGGAUCCAAUAACUGAGUUGUGUAAUACAAACUGUGAAUUAAGGUGGCACGUUGCGAGAAAGAGCGAAUGCACUGCUCAGUGCGGAUUGGGGUACCAGACACUGGAGAUAUCCUGCACAAAGUACAGCAAACUGGAAGGGAAAAUUGAGAAAUUCGAUGACCGGUACUGCAGCGGCAUCCCCAAGCCAAGCUCUAGAGAAAAAUGUUCAGCGGAAUGUAACACUGGGGGGUGGCGCUAUUCCGCCUGGACAGAAUGCUCCAAGAGCUGUGGGAGUGGCACAAAGAGGCGCCGAGCUGUCUGCAUGAACACCUUCAACGACGUCCUGGAGGACAGUAAAUGCAGCCAGCAGGAGAAGGUGACCGUGCAGCGAUGCAACGAACUCUCGUGCCCGCAGUGGAAGACCGGCGAUUGGUCAGAAUGCUUGGUAACCUGCGGGAAAGGGCACAAACACCGCCAGAUCUGGUGCCAGUUUGGAGGAGAUCGAUUGAAUGACAGGCUUUGCCAUCCCGAGAGCAAACCAGUUUCCGUGCAAAGUUGUCAGCAACAGGAGUGUGCUGCAUGGCAAGUAGGACCCUGGGGCCAGUGCACUGCAACAUGUGGGCAGGGCUAUCAGAUGAGAGCGGUGAAAUGCGUGGUUGGUGCCUACGUGUCCGUGGUAGAUGACAACGAGUGCAAUGCUGCUACAAAGCCAACAGAUGCACAGGACUGUGAAACAGCACCAUGCCGUCUCCGCCCAGGAAGCCCGGAAACAAAGCAAAGCAGCCACAGAACCCAGUGGAGAUUUGGAUCCUGGACUCCCUGUUCGACUACAUGCGGGAAAGGCACCAGGAUGAGAUAUGUCAGCUGCCGCGACGAUCAAGGCUCUGUGGCUGACGAGGCCGCCUGCUUUCACCUCCCAAGGCCAUCGGCGACAGAAGCCUGCACUGUGACACCAUGUGGACAGUGGAAGGCCAUGGAGUGGAGCCCUUGCUCUGUAACUUGUGGGCAAGGCAAGGUGACCCGGCAAGUUGUCUGCAUCGAUUACAGCGACCAGAUGGUUGACAGGAGUGAGUGUGAUGCUGAGGACGUCCCUGCAAUGGAGCAAGAUUGCUCCAUGCCUUCCUGCCAGCAGAUCAGCCCUGAGUACAACAGGCCAAACCCUUCCUUCCCUUACCCUGACUAUCGCCAAAAGAACAACCAGGGUGGAAGCGUGAACCGAAACCAAGGCCGUGGGCAUGUGCACGGAGGCAACCAGUGGAGAACUGGCCCAUGGGGAGCGUGUUCCAGUACAUGCGCUGGUGGAUUCCAACGGCGGGUUGUCGUGUGCCAGGAUGAAAAUGGAUACACUGCCAGUAAUUGUGAUAUAAGAAUGAAACCAGAUGAGCAAAGAUCAUGUGAAUCAGGGCCCUGCCCACAAUGGGCCUAUGGCAGCUGGGGUGAGUGUACAAAGCCAUGCGGUGGAGGAACCAGAACAAGACUGGUUGUGUGCCAGCAUCCCAAUGGGGAGAGAUUUACUGAUCUGAGCUGCGAAAUCCUUGACAAGCCACCAGACCGUGAGCAGUGUAAUAUGCAGGACUGCCUUCGAGAUACCGCCUGGAAUUCUGGUCCUUGGAGCUCGUGUUCUGUCUCUUGUGGACGAGGGCAGAAGUAUCGAGAAGUUUAUUGCUUGUCGAAGGAUGGGACACAUUUAGAAAACAAUCUUUGCAAACACCUGGCUAAACCGAAUGUGCAAAGAAAGUGUAGAGGUGGCAGGUGCCCAAAGUGGAAAACAGGAGACUGGGGACAGUGCUCAGUGUCCUGUGGGAGAGGAGUUCAGCAGAGAAGCGUCGUCUGCCACCUUGGCGCUCACAAAACAACUAGUGACACCGAAUGCAGUCAGGCCAGCAGGCCAGCUUCUGAACAAGAAUGCCAGAUGGCGGAAUGUGCCUCUUACAGCUGGAAAACAGAGGAUUGGCAAGAUUGCAGCAAAACAUGUGGCGAAGGCUCCAGAUAUCGCAAGGUGACCUGUGUGGAUCAAGAUAUGGAAAAGGCCGACAGCCUUCACUGCGAUUCAAGCAAGAGGCCGCCUGAUAUUGAGGCCUGCAACCUGGCACCGUGCGAAUACAUUUGGAUUACAGGGGACUGGUCAGAGUGCUCCGUGACAUGUGGCAAAGGCUAUAAGCAAAGGCUGGUUUCCUGCAGUGAAAUUUACACAGGGAAGGAUCAUUAUGAGUAUGGUUAUCAGAACACAGUCAACUGUCCAGGAACACAACCACCAAACGUGCAGUCAUGCUAUCUAGGCGAGUGCCCAGUUUUGGCAUCAUGGAGAGUUGGAAAUUGGGGAAGUUGUUCGGUGAGUUGUGGAAAUGGAGUAAUGCACCGGUCAGUUCAGUGCCUUACGAACAAUGACCAAGUGAGCUCCUUGUGUCUUGACAAACUGAAACCUGAAGAAAGGAGGACAUGCCACAAUAUUCAUGACUGUGAAUUACCAACAAGCUGCAAGGAAGUAAAAAGGCUCAAAGUCACCACUGAAGAUGGAGAAUAUUACCUUCAAGUUAAAGGAAAGCUCCUAAAGAUUUAUUGUACUGACAUGGAAUCUGACAGACCAAAAGAAUAUGUGACUCUGGCAAAUGGCGAAGCGGAGAACUUCUCAGAAGUAUACAGCUACAGAUUACAUAACCCGACCGAAUGUCCAUAUAAUGGAAGCAGAAGAGAAGACUGCCAGUGUAGGAAAGAUUACACAGCAGCUGGGUUUUCCGCCUUCAGCAAAGUUAGGCUGGACCUGAACACUAUGCAAAUAAUAACAACCGAUUUGCAGUUCGCGCAGACUCUUGAUGGGCGACCUGUACCUUUCGCCACUGCUGGGGACUGCUACAGCGCAGCCAAGUGCCCACAGGGCCGCUUUAGCAUCAACCUCUCUGGAACCGGCCUGUCCGUGACACAAACGUCGAAAUGGCUUUCCCAAGGGAAUUACGCGGUUUCUGAAAUUAUAAAAUCACCAGAUGGUACCAAAGUAAUAGGGAAAUGUGGCGGCUACUGUGGAAAGUGUACUCCAUCAUCAGGAACUGGCCUCGACGUACAAGUGUUGUAGCAAUGGGUUUCUGAAUGCCGGGAGCUGAAGCAAGACAGAUGAAGGACAAUGAAGCAAUACCUCUGCCUUCCUUUUUGUACUUCUUCCUCUGUGUGUGUGUGUGCACAUCCGUGUGUGCACAUCCGUGUGUGUGUGUGUGUGUGU